AUGCCUUCCGAUUUUAAUGCAACAUCAUCCCUCUCCAAUUCAUCAUUGUUCUCGGUUUCACCACAGUCGCUGUCGCCAUCAGCAUCCUCAACAUCGGCGGGAAAGCAGGUGCAUCCGGCUACCUUUGUUAAAAAGCUAUAUCUGAUGGUUGAUGAUGUGUCCACCAAUGCCUAUAUUCGAUGGGGAUCUGAUGGGACCACCUUCAUCGUCUUUUAUCCAGAAGAGUUUGCGCGCGAAAUUCUUCCUCGCUUUUUCAAACACAAUAACUUUAGCUCCUUUGUGCGCCAGUUGAAUAUGUAUGGGUUUCACAAGGUGCCGCAUUUCACCGUCAAUCAAAUAUCGUCAUUUGAUAAUCCGGUAGGGCCAAGUGGCGAUAUUUUUUCUCGCUCAUUAUCGCUUUCUUCGUCAACAUAUUUGACUAGCUCUUCGUCGUCUUCCUCAUACACAAGCUCCUGGGAAUUUUCACACGAAAACUUCCGUCGCAACCAAAUGAACCUGCUGUUGAACGUCCGUCGGAAAAUCCAGCAGCCCAAUCACAAUAAUAGCAAUAGCAUGUCCCCAUCGUCGACAUCAAAUGCGCUAUCAAAGCCCAUAUCAGACGGGGCCUUUGCGGGCCCAAUUAUAAACAAUCCCAACCCAGCUGUUCCCUCAAACUUUUACAAUUUAUUUUCAACCUCAGACAUAUCAAAUAGACUGUUGGAAUAUCUCGCCUAUACUGCUGCAGCCUCUGCGGCUACAAAUACGGCGGCCCAGAUUUCCAACGCAACACAACCGCUGAGCAUUGGCGCGGCACCUCUGAAAGAUGCUCAAAUCAAACCGGAAGGAGCGCAGGAAUGUAAUUUUGCUGCUAUUUUUUCUGAAUUGACCACCAUAAAGACACAGCAGAAGCAAAUACUUGAAAAGCUGUCUCAUCUAGAAAUUGACCAAAGUCUGCUCUGGCGAGACUCCAUCAAAUGCCAGGAUCGCUGCAAUUCCCAACAGGAGCUUAUAGAAAAGAUAUUGCGGUUUUUGGCCUCCGUUUUUACCUCGGGCGACAAGAAACUCAAGGAGGGAAUCGCAUCGCUGUUUCACACGCUAAAUCAUCUUCAACCGACUUCGAUAUCGACCAAUGCCACUGCAUCCUCGACAAGUACGGACACUAGAAGGGAGUUUGAUAAGAAAAUUGGUGGGCCCGAAAAAGAACUAAACGACCAAUGGCUAUCUUCUGCAUCCACAUAUUCAUUUCCCUCGCCAUCCCCUGCAGCAACAGGCAUGCACACGGAUCGGCAAUACACUAAGCGGCAGAAACUGCUGACAAAUGGAGGAGAAAAUAGCUCUUUAGAGGCCGAUGUUAGCAGCACAAAGAGCAAUCGAGACAUUUUAACCACCACUCCGCUGGAACUGAUCCAGGACUCAAAGUCCACCGCGUCUAGGAAUUUCUAUUCGCCAUGCUCAUCGUAUCUUCAAUCUCAGUUUGGAGCCAACAAUGCUGAAACAGAUCCAAGCGAUUUAGAGAACUUGGUGGAUGCUGAAAACCCGCUUGACCCCGAUUUUGACUUGACGUCUUUUUUAAAUUCGGAAAUCGCCUAUUCCGAGGAUUCAUGGCCCUCUACAGCCACGUCUACAUCCACAUCUACACCGACAUCCACAUCUACGCCUUCCCAAUCCAAAUCAAGCUCAUAA